AAAGAAUUUAUUGGGGAAGGACAGUAAGGACCUGGGGAAUACAAAGAGGCAUAGAGAGAGCCAUGAGAAAGGGCAUGCACAGGAAUAGAGAGAGUAAACUCGGGUAGAAAGAAAGAGAGAGGGAGGGCAAGGGAGAGAGACAUCUGGAAUGGUUGGAGACCUUUUUACAAACUCACCACUCCUGGCUAUGUGGUGACAUUGGUUGUGAUAGGUUUUGACGUAGGUUCUUCCAGGGCAGACAAGUAGAAUUCUCUGUCAGCUACCACUUCCUGAAACCUUAACACCUCUUAAGUCAGAAGGGCCACCACUCACCUCCAGCUCAGAACUACCAGUCUCUCUCUCCCCAGCUUCAGCUCUGCCUGCUGUUUGGCCUGCUCUGCCUCAAGAAAGGCACCAUGCUGCUCUGGAUGGUUCUCCUGCUCUGUGAGUCCAUGGCUGAAGCUCAAGAGUUGUUCCCAAAUCCUGAGCUGACAGAAUUCACCAAUUCAGAGACGAUGGAUGUCAUCCUGAAGUGUACCAUAAAGGUGGACCCCAAGAAUCCAACUUUACAGCUCUUUUACACUUUCUACAAGAACAACCAUGUCAUUCAAGACAGGAGUCCCCACUCAGUAUUUUCUGCAGAAGCCAAGGAGGAAAACUCUGGGCUCUACCAGUGUAUGGUGGACACUGAGGAUGGCUUAAUUCAGAAAAAAAGUGGCUAUCUGGAUAUCCAGUUCUGGACUCCUGUAUCCCAUCCUGUGCUCACUCUGCAACAUGAAGCCACUAACCUUGCUGUAGGAGACAAGGUGGAGUUCCUCUGUGAGGCCCACCAGGGCUCCCUUCCAAUCUUUUACUCAUUCUACAUUAAUGGAGAAAUCCUAGGGAAACCCCUGGCUCCCUCUGGCAGAGCUGCCUCCCUCCUCGCCUCAGUAAAGGCAGAGUGGAGUACCAAGAACUAUUCCUGUGAAGCUAAAAACAACAUCUCCAGAGAAAUAAGUGAGCUCAAGAAGUUCCCCUUGGUUGUCUCAGGUACUGCCUGGAUCAAGAGCAACAUGCUACCUAUCUGGCUACCUGCAAGCCUGCUUGGAGGGAUGGUCAUUGCGGCUGUGGUUCUAAUGUAUUUCUUCAAACCCUGUAAAAAGCAUGCCAGACCUGAGACGCCCACCCUAAAAGAGCCAGUAAGGAGGAAUCCCUGCCCUUUUCUCAUCCUUUGUCCUGCCUCCCUAUCUGCCUCCCUGUACUGACCUAACUUUCCUACAGGACAGUUUUCUAUAUGUAUCGGUUGAUAAUCAAAGAUAUAAAUGAGAUUCCCACCAAUGAUUUGGAUUCAAAAACCAGGACCUGCCAAGAUCCCCUUGGUCUUUAGGAUCAUGCUCUGUGUUAGUGCAAUGUCUUCCUCCAACAUACACUCAACUCCAGCUCCCAGCCUCCACCCUCCAGCACUCAGCAGUGGCUCCAAGUUCUCCCUGCAGGUCACCCAGUUCCUAGCCCAGCAGUGAGAAAGCCCAUUUGCCCUAUUCCUGGCCAGGGCUCCUGAACUGUGGGUUCUCUUCUGAGCGGGAAACCAAACAAUGGUGUGGGAAUGAACAAUUUCCACCUUGAUACAUACAUAUACACAUGCCUACACACAAACAAACACACAUACACACACACUUCCAGAUGUAACAUUGUACACAGAGCCACAGUUAUCUUCUUUAAGUACAAAAGGAAAAGGGUUUUCACCUCCAGAUAGACAGAUGAUAGAUACACAGACACACAAGACAGAUAGAUGAUAGAUAACAUAUAGAUUAGAUAGAUAAUAGAUAGAUGGUAGAUAGGUAGAUGGAUGAUAGAUAGAUGAUAGAUAGAUAGAUAGAUAGAUAGAUAGAUAGAUAGAUAGAUAGAUAGAUAGAUAGAUAGAUAGAUAAUAAGUAACAUGACAGAUAAGAUGAUAGAAAUAAGACACGAUAACUAAAUACAGAUAAAUAUGUAUGUAUGCUUGUGGAUGAAUGGACAGAGAGAAUUUUAUAUAGAAAGAAAAUAUACUUGCCUUUAUCCUGAAAGGAAAGCACAAAACCUUGACUACAAGACUAACAGGCCUCUGGGAAGUUCAGCAAGACCAAGGUGUACCCAUAAAUGGGCUGCCCAUACAAUAUCAUAGAAUCUUGAUAAGGGAUCAGAGCUGUGAAGGCAGAAAUAACUCUGCCUUCACCUGCAAUUCUCAGCAUGCCCAGUUCAGAAACAGACCUCAGCUCACCCAAAGCUCCAGACUACUGAGUGCCCCAGAAAAGUCACUCACUGAUGUCUUGUAUUUUAAAAGUGGUUGUAAAAUACAGUGUGUUAAAAGGAAUAUGUCCAUUUGUUUUGUGUUGCUCCUUCCGCUCAUUAACAGUACCUGGCAGUUUGGUGUUGGUUUGAGGUGUCCACACUCAGUAAAGGAUGCCCCCCUUAGGCCCUGGCCCAGCCUUCCUGGUUCCUGUUCUAAAUCACAGACAGCAGAGUCUGACACCAGACCCCUCCUGCCUUGCCUAUGAAAGAAACAUCAAUGUUGUCUUCCAGGCAGCACCACAGACCUGCUAACCUCUUCUAUAGUGGCUCCCCAUGCUCUUCAAUAUCAACAGUAUCAUGGUUACCUGGGUACUUAAUAGAAAUGCAGCUGUAGAGACCCAACCCCAGAUUUUGUUAGAUCAAAAUAUGCAUUUCUAUAAGAUCCCUGGGCAAUUUGCAAGUACUUCCAAGGGACUUAUCUGUUUCCAAGAGACUCUAUGGAAGUCCCUACCCCAUUCCAUCCUUGCCACAUCAGCCAUCUAGUUCAGGACCAGGAAACACCAAGCCCCUCAUGGCCACUUACCAGACAGCCUGCUGAGAAGACUGAACAGCUCAAGCCAGAACAACUAUAGGCACAGGACCUCCACGGGCCAGCCAGAGUGUACUUGCAGACCCCAAACCAUUGCUACUCCCUCAAAAAAAAAACUACCCCCUCAUAUAAAGAUCAAAACACCAAAGUGUCAGCUCCAGGAGGAAAAGUGUGGCUAAUGCUCUGGAUGCCUCCAGCCCUUCCAGCGCUUCCCAGGGAGCACAGACAGCCUCCUUCCUGAGUUGUCUGUCCACUUCCCAUUCUUACUCUGCCAGGAACCCCGACUACUGCCAGCCUGAAUUGCUUUCAAGAAAUCUGUGACAAGCACAAAAAUCACAGCAAAUAUUUAGAAAGUUUUCUAGCAAUCGGACAGUAAUUGUAUGUUUGUUUAAUAGAAUCAUAAAAUUAGAGUUUGUCGUUUGUAAGUAUGCCUUUUUUUUUAUUCUGGAUUUUCUAGUAAUUUGCUUUUAUUAUAGUCUACAGAAAUACAGGUCCACAAUGGGUUGGAAAGGAAAACAGGUUGUUUGGCUCAGAUGACAGAGAAGCUACAAACAAACACACACACACACACACACACAAAUACAUACACACAAACACAUGUGCACACACAU